AUGGCUUCACCCGCUGCUAUUCCUGGAACCCCUGCCGCACCAUGUCUUCAGCAGGGUAUGAGCCCAACAAACGUGAUGAUCGAGGGCGAAGCAAGAGGCCCGGACUAUGGUCGCACGGCCUUCGAGCCGCUGCGUAACUCCCCGCAAGGGCUUGGUGUGCAGGAGGUGGCACCAGUAUACAAUGGGGUGGUUUCUUCACCUGUCGAUGGUGAGUUGACGGAAACCACCAAUCCGCCGUUGGUGCCUGGAAGUGCAGCUACUGUGACUGUGCAAGAAGUUGCUCCACGUCAGCUUCCUCAAGAUGGUGGAACAGUGGAGGCUUCCCCCUCGGGCGUGAGGGAUGAUACCGGACUGGGUGCGCGAACGAAUAUUUUUACCGGAACGGUGCGCGACGAAACAGCGGUUCCUGAACCUGGAUUAUUUCCGCAGUUCACCCCUUCUCCUCUACCUGGUCAGUCACCAGUGGCGGCUCAAGGUACGACAACUCGGGCUGCAGCUUGGCUUUCUCGGUUAGGAGACUACCUUCAGAAGACAGUGGAGGCUUAUGCAGGGCAACCUGCUGCGGCCCUUGAGUUACCACAGGUCAUCCCCCAUCGGUCCCUGGACAACAAGGUCCUCCUCGUCAGCGUGACGGUGUACUUGAAGGUGAUGAUCCUGAGCAAGGGCCAGGUUCUAUGGGUCGGGAAGGGCUUCCCUCGGGUCUACCUCAGAGUGUAG